GCCUCGUAUUGGCCAAUAGGCCUUCUGCACUUAACUGUGCACAGGACCAGGCUGUGUGCACAGGACCAGGCUGUGUGUGCACAGGACCAGGCUGUGUGUGCACAGGACCAGGCUGUGUGUGCACAGGACCAGGCUGUGUGUGCACAGGACCAGGCUGCGUGUGCACAGGACCAGGCUGCGUGUGCACAGGACCAGGCUGCGUGUGCACAGGACCAGGCUGCGUGUGCACAGGACCAGGCUGCGUGUGCACAGGACCAGGCUGCGUGUGCACAGGACCAGGCUGCGUGUGCACAGGACCAGGCUGCGUGUGCACAGGACCAGGCUGCGUGUGCACAGGACCAGGCUGCGUGUGCACAGGACCAGGCUGCGUGUGCACAGGACCAGGCUGCGUGUGCACAGGACCAGGCUGCGUGUGCACAGGACCAGGCUGCGUGUGCACAGGACCAGGCUGCGUGUGCACAGGACCAGGCUGCGUGUGCACAGGACCAGGCUGCGUGUGCACAGGACCAGGCUGCGUGUGCACAGGACCAGGCUGCGUGUGCACAGGACCAGGCUGCGUGUGCACAGGACCAGGCUGCGUGUGCACAGGACCAGGCUGCGUGUGCACAGGACCAGGCUGCGUGUGCACAGGACCAGGCUGCGUGUGCACAGGACCAGGCUGCGUGUGCACAGGACCAGGCUGCGUGUGCACAGGACCAGGCUGCGUGUGCACAGGACCAGGCUGCGUGUGCACAGGACCAGGCUGCGUGUGCACAGGACCAGGCUGCGUGUGCACAGGACCAGGCUGCGUGUGCACAGGACCAGGCUGCGUGUGCACAGGACCAGGCUGCGUGUGCACAGGACCAGGCUGCGUGUGCACAGGACCAGGCUGCGUGUGCACAGGACCAGGCUGCGUGUGCACAGGACCAGGCUGCGUGUGCACAGGACCAGGCUGCGUGUGCACAGGACCAGGCUGCGUGUGCACAGGACCAGGCUGCGUGUGCACAGGACCAGGCUGCGUGUGCACAGGACCAGGCUGCGUGUGCACAGGACCAGGCUGCGUGUGCACAGGACCAGGCUGCGUGUGCACAGGACCAGGCUGCGUGUGCACAGGACCAGGCUGCGUGUGCACAGGACCAGGCUGCGUGUGCACAGGACCAGGCUGCGUGUGCACAGGACCAGGCUGCGUGUGCACAGGACCAGGCUGCGUGUGCACAGGACCAGGCUGCGUGUGCACAGGACCAGGCUGCGUGUGCACAGGACCAGGCUGCGUGUGCACAGGACCAGGCUGCAGGCUGCGACCAGGCUGCGUGUGCAGGACCAGGCUGCGUGUGCACAGGACCAGGCUGCGUGUGCACAGGACCAGGCUGCGUGUGCACAGGACCAGGCUGCGUGUGCACAGGACCAGGCUGCGUGUGCACAGGACCAGGCUGCGUGUGCACAGGACCAGGCUGCGUGUGCACAGGACCAGGCUGCGUGUGCACAGGACCAGGCUGCGUGUGCACAGGACCAGGCUGCGUGUGCACAGGACCAGGCUGCGUGUGCACAGGACCAGGCUGCGUGUGCACAGGACCAGGCUGCGUGUGCACAGGACCAGGCUGCGUGUGCACAGGACCAGGCUGCGUGUGCACAGGACCAGGCUGCGUGUGCACAGGACCAGGCUGCGUGUGCACAGGACCAGGCUGCGUGUGCACAGGACCAGGCUGCGUGUGCACAGGACCAGGCUGCGUGUGCACAGGACCAGGCUGCGUGUGCACCGGACCAGGCUGCGUGUGCACCGGACCAGGCUGCGUGUGCACCGGACCAGGCUGCGUGUGCACCGGACCAGGCUGCGUGUGCACCGGACCAGGCUGCGUGUGCACCGGACCAGGCUGCGUGUGCACCGGACCAGGCUGCGUGUGCACCGGACCAGGCUGCGUGUGCACCGGACCAGGCUGCGUGUGCACCGGACCAGGCUGCGUGUGCACCGGACCAGGCUGCGUGUGCACCGGACCAGGCUGCGUGUGCACCGGACCAUGCUGCGUGUGCACCGGACCAUGCUGCGUGUGCACCGGACCAUGCUGCGUGUGCACCGGACCAGGCUGCGUGUGCACCGGACCAGGCUGCGUGUGCACCGGACCAGGCUGCGUGUGCACAGGACCAGGCUGUGUGUGCACCGGACCAGGCUGUGUGUGCACCGGACCAGGCUGUGUGUGCACAGGACCAGGCUGUGUGCACACUGAGUCUUCGGACUCGUGUUUCCUGAACAAUGGAAGACAUCGACGCAGCCUUGACCGCGCCGGGUAUUUUUAG